AUGGUUCAAAUUACAAAAUCAUGCAGAGAAUUAAAACGUGUUGGCAUUUUGAAAGAAUGUGGACGAUUAAAUAUCAAUAUUAAUGGACGAAUAAUCAAAACGAUGAAGUCAACAGCAGUUUGUUUUUCAGAUUUAAUUCACGAAAGAUGCAUUUAUGAUAAAUCAAUAACAUCAUUUAAAGCAAACAUAGAUCUUAAAUGCGAAGAUUCAAUAGACAUCCUCACUAAUUUUCUUGAAACAGGAAAACUUGAAUUUGAAGAAGAUGAAAAUCAUUAUCAUGAUCUUUUUGAAAUCGGUAAAUAUUUUGGAAAUGAAAUCUUUAUCCAUAUGUACGUCGAUCAUGUUAAAAUCGACAAAUCUAUUACUAAAGAAAACGUUUUUUCGAAGUAUGAAGUUUCAGUUUUAGAAAAUGAUCCUAAAACAGAAAACGAAUGUCUCUAUUUCAUCUCAUCCAAUUUAUAUUGUUUCGAUGACAAUGAUAUCAUUGACAAUUUCACACGAAAUGGAUAUGAAUUUUGUGAACAAAUCAUCACUUCUAAAGAAUUAAAAAUCGACAACGAAGAUCAUUUAUCAUUUUUAGUUUUAUCAAUCUGCAAAAAGAAUGAUACAUUCUUUGAUUUAUUUCGAUAUAUCAAACUAUCAUUUUGCUCAUCCGAAACAUAUGACUCAAUUUAUAACUUUUGCCUUGAACAUUCAUUCGAAAGAGAUCUUCUCACUAUAUACAACGAAACACUAAAGAAUUAUCAUUCAAACAUAAGAGAAAAUAUUGAAAUUUCAAAUCAAUCUCUUUUAUCAUUCGAAAAACAUUUAACUAACAAUCAAUUUACAAUUUCAAAUAACUCUAUUUGUUCAUUUGAAAAACAUUUAACUAACAAUAAAUUUAUGAUAUCAAGUCAACCUAUUUGUUCAUUUGAUUCUAUGUUGGUUUCUAAAGAAAUUAAAAUGAAAUUUACAGCUUCAUCUAAGUUAGUUGAAAAGCUAUCAGAUAUAAAUUCUUAUAGAGAUAAUGCUGAUUUCUGUACUGAGAAUUCUCCUAAUUCAUGGAUAAAAGCUGAUAUAAAAGGAUAUAAAUUAAAACCAAUAUCUUAUGUUUUACAAUCAAAAGUUAAGUAUGAUACUCAUUUAUUGAGAAGAUGGAAGUUAGAAGGAAUCAAAGAAGAUGGAACAACUGUUGUAUUAGAUAAUGAUAAAUAUUAUGAAUUCAAACAAAGAGAAAUCAAAGAAUUUCCACUUCACACAAACGAAUAUUUUGUAUCUUUCAAAAUAACUCAAACAGGAAAGAAUUCAUUAGAUCGUGAUUAUUUACAAAUUUCUGUUUUUGAUUUCAAAGGAGCAUUAACAAAAAUAUAA